CAUAACUCAUAAUUUAACUAAAUCUAUUUCAUCAGUGCAAAAUAUUAUUUAUUUAUUAUUGGAUUCAUUAGAUUAAUUUCAGUGUAAAACUAUUUUUUUUGGAAAGAAAUAUUGGAAAAAGAAAAAUAAAAAGACUUAUUAUAUGCUUCGCGGUCGGCAUGACGUGGGCUCAAUAACGGCCCAAUUCUCUUCAUGUUUCGGCUCGACCUAUUUGAGUCCCCAUCAUGAGCACCGUUAGAUUGAGCUUGAAUGACGUAGAUCGGCACAAUUUCGACCGUCUGAUCAACGAUUCCUCUUCGUUUCCCUUCCCGCAUCGCCAUUCGUUCUGAAGCGAUGCGGGCCCCUCCCUGCGCUCCGCUUCACCCGCCGCUUCACCCGCGGCGCCGUUCGCAUCAGCGGACGCGUAGCUGGCUCCGCCGCCGACCUCGGCCCUCUUCCUCCUCCCCAGAUUCGAACGUUUUCCCCUUCCAGCCCUAUAAAUCGAGCGCUCCUCUCCUCCUUCCUUCCCAUCACCCCAUUCACCAAUCCUUAAUUUUCCUCUUCCUCCUCCUAGUCCCUCGAUUUCGCCGGAAAAUGUAUCGCGCCACCGUGUUGGUCGUCCUCUUCCUGGCUGCGGCCGGCCUCGCCGCAGCCGCCGAGGCACCCGCUCCUGGGCCCAGCUCCAAGCCCGAGCAACCGGAAUCGGCCCAGUCUCCGGCGAAAUCCCCCGCCUCCGCCACCGCCCCUUCCACCUCCACCUCCACCGCCCCGGCCACCGUUCCCGCCACCGCCCCCGCCGCCGCCCAUUCCCCGGCCACAUCCCCCGCCUCCGCCCACGCCCCAGCGAAGGCUCUCUCUCCGGAGGCCGCCACAUCGCCCUCGAACUCCCCUGCCGCGGCGCCGACCCCCGACGCCGACUUGGACGACGACAGCGACGACGAUAUCCCAGCUGAGGGUCCGAUCUCCGGCAGCCCUCCGGAGCCAUCCUUGGCUGCUGCGCCUGCACCGGAGGAGGAAGACGCGCUGAGCCCCACGACGUCGCCUAGCGGAGCAGGGGCGCCUAUCGCAGCUGGUGCUGCCUUCGCCGCUCUCUCCGCCGCUGUGGCUGCCGUCUUCGCUUUCUAAAGGCCGGCCUCGACCAUAUUGAUCUAAGAAUCAUCAUUUUGC